AUGUCGACGUCGCCACCGAGUCUGCUGGGAGGUGGCGGAAGCGAGGGAGAGGUCGGAGAGGAAGCCGUGAGCCUCGGCAGCCGCCGCACUGGCGACACCUCGCUGUCGCUGCCGAGGCCCGCUGACGUGGUCUGGCCGGAGCACUUCGUCGAGGCCGUCGCCACCCAGGUCGCCGUCGACGCAGCGAGCUCAGCUGGGCCGUUGGCCGCCGCUCCUGCUGUUGUCGCUGUGUUCCAGGUCUGCUCGACGUGGAGAGCCGCUUCCCUUUCGGAGCUCCUGUGGCAAGAUCUCACCCGUCGCGUCUGGACCAGUCGGGAUCGCUCGCCCCCGUCGUGGCGCGAUGAGUUCGUCCGCCUCCACCGCACUGCCGCCAACUUCCGUGCCCGUCGCUAUGCCUACUCUCACCUGCUGCCAUCGUCCCCUGUCGCCCUCUCCUGCCGCCGCCUUGCCCUCUCGGAUGACCACCUCGCCGCCGGCUUCCUCAACGGUUCGGUUUGCCUGUUCGAUCUCCCAGCUGGACAGCUGCUCGCCACCUACUGGGCCAACCCUCACCUCGACCGCCUCGGUCGCUUCUCCCGGGCCAUCUCAGGCAUCGUCCUCGCCGAACCCGACGAACGCCUCGCCUUCGCUUCCCAGGAUGGAGACGUCCAUGUGGUGAGACUCAGCAUCGCUGGCUCCGUCCAACGGGCCCAUGUCGGGAACCUUAUGGAGGAUGGAACGCUGGUCGACUUCACCGGAAACGGUCGGUGGUGGGUGGGCUUGUUCGCAGGCGUUCCCGGCCGGUCCUGGCGCGUCUGGGACGCCGCCACCGAGCAGCUGGUCUACGUGGGUGGCACCUUGACGGACCCCGACGCAGUCUUGGGAUGGCACAUGCUCAUUGACUUGUCCAGUCCGUUGGUCGGCCGCGUGAGGAUCGUGGAGCCAGGGUUUGCGGUCGGAUUCACCGAUUCAAUCAUGGAGGUCGUGGAUCUCAAUGACACUGGAGCAAUGGUAAUCCGGCUUGAGCUCCCGCACGGCGCAGUCGUGGACUCAGUGGACGCAUGCGAGGACCGGGUGAUCGUAGUGGACUCGCGGGGCCUGGCCAUGGUGCACUGGGUGCCUGCACUGCAGGAGAUAUGCAGGUUUAGCACGUUGAGGAGGGCGGAGGACCAGCAUGAGCUGGGGGAGAUGAGCGUGUGCAUGAACAGGAAUUAUGCAGUGGUGCACUCUGCCGAUCGAAUCCGGAUGUGGGAUGCGACGACCGGCGAGUACUUGUACAGCUUCAGGGAGCGGAUAGGAGAGGCGGUCGUGGUGGCUGCCAGUGACCGCUACGUCGCCGCUUGGGCCACCGAUACCGGGUUGCACUUGUGGGAUUUUGGAGACAUGUAA